AUGUCGCCUUGCAAAAAACAUGAUCAAGAGCGCGAGGAGCCGCCGCGCGAGGACACAAGUUGCCGGCCCAACUCUAUUCAGCAGCUCAACCCACCAGCAACACGAGGGAGCCUGGGAAUCAAUUUGGCAGCAUCAGUAGACAUCACACUCAUCGACACCAGUGUCCGCAAAAUCCCAACUGGAGUUACAGGACCUGUUUAUUCUGCUACCAGUGCACUUGGUGCUUUGUUGAUUGGGAGAUCAUCUGCUGGAAUUGCUGGACUUAUUGUUCUCCCAGGAGUCAUCGAUGCUGAUUAUAUUGGUGAAAUCCAAGUGUGUGCCUACACUCUAGCUCCUCCACUUACAAUCAAAAGGGGAACAAAAAUUGCUCAAUUGGUGUUGUUUCAAAAGGUGGCAACUGAGAAGAUAUUUUUCAAAGUGCUCCUGAACGCGGAGCCAAAGGAUUUGGGUCAACGGGAGACACAGUGGUGA